UAUCAGUAGCAGUGCCGUUCAGCUGGUUGGAAGGGAGAGAGGGUCGGAGAGGAACUCCAGGAGGGAAGACAGGGAGAGAGGGUCGGAGAGGAACUCUAGGAGGGAAGUCAGGGAGGAACUCUAGGAGGGAAGACAGGGAGAGAGGGUCGGAGAGGAACUCUAGGAGGGAAGUCAGGGAGGAACUCUAGGAGGGAAGACAGGGAGAGAGGGUCGGAGAGGAACUCUAGGAGGGAAGACAGGGAGAGAGGGUCGGAGAGGAACUCUAGGAGGGAAGACAGGGAGAGGAUCGGAGAGGAACUCUAGGAGGGAAGACAGGGAGAGAGGGUCAGAGAGGAACUCUAGGAGGGAAGACAGGGAGAGAGGGUCGGAGAGGAACUCUAGGAGGGAAGACAGGGAGAGAGGGUCGGAGAGGAACUCUAGGAGGGAAGACAGGGAGAGAGGGUCAGAGAGGAACUCUAGGAGGGAAGACAGGGAGAAGCCUCGGCUAACUGAAGAGGGAAGACAGGAGUGUGUUGGUGUGGAACGGUCUUGUUGUGGCCAGUGGUGGGCUGGUCUGGUGUUUCCUGUCCAUUCAAGGGCAUUCCAUCUGCUGAGACCUGGACAGGAGAGAGACAGCGGAGAGGAGCAACCAGCCACAUAGGUCUCACUGGGUUGGAGAGAGAGAGAGGGACAGGGGAGGAGGGAGAGACGCAGAAGGAAGGAGGCUACGAGGGGAGCCACAUGGUCUCAGUCCCACAAGGAGCUACUCUUCUGGGGACAGUAGACUGACGAGCCACAGUAGUCUGCUACUACCAUGGGGGACUGGAACCUGCUGGGGAAGCUGCUGGAGAAAGCCCAGGAACACAGCACCGUAGUGGGAAAGGUCUGGCUCACGGUCCUCUUCAUCUUUAGGAUCCUGGUCCUGAGCGCCGCAGCAGAGAAGGUGUGGGGGGACGAGCAGUCAGGGUUCACCUGCGACACCAAGCAACCUGGAUGUGAGAACGUCUGUUAUGACAUCACCUUCCCCAUCUCUCACGUCCGCUUCUGGGUCCUACAGAUCAUAUUCGUCUCCACGCCCACCCUCAUUUACCUGGGUCAUAUAUUACACCUGGUGAGGAUGGAGGAGAAACAGAAGCAGAGGGAGAAGGACGCAGAUCGGGCCGGGGACAAACUGGAGUCCAACGCCUGUAAAGCCCGGGUGAGGGACGACAGUGGUAGGGUUCGACUAAAGGGGGAACUACUGAGGACCUACGUGUUCAACGUCAUCUUCAAGACGCUGUUCGAGGUGGGCUUCAUCGUCAUGCAGUACCUGCUCUAUGGCUUCCAGCUGCAGCCCAUGUACACCUGUGACCGCUCGCCCUGCCCCAACACAGUCAACUGCUACAUCUCCCGACCCACAGAGAAAACCAUCUUCAUCAUCUUCAUGCUAGUAGUGGCAGGUUUGUCUCUGUUCCUCAACCUGAUAGAGAUGUACCACCUGGGAUCCACUAAGUGUCGCCAGGGGAUCAAGUACCACCGGGAGGAUCUGAGCUCAGACUCUGUCUCCAAGGAGCCCAGCGAGGUGGACGAGGCUGUACCCUACGCUCCCAGCUACGACCACUACCACGGAGGCCAGCCAGCCUACCCCCAACUCCAACCAGACCAGCAGGUCCAGCCAGCAUACCCUCCUGUCCCCAGCUAUAACAUGUCCCCGCUAUCUGAGGAGACUGACUCCACCUACCAGCCCUACCACAACAAAGCAGCCUACAAGCAGAACAAGGACAACCUGGCGGUGGAGAGGAGUGGCAGCAGGCAGCCGGAAGAAGAGGGGGACCUGAAAGGGAAGAAGGGUGGAGGAGAAACGUGGGGGGGGUCGGAGCCAGGUUCCCCAUCUCUAGCCCGGGCUGGACGCUCCACUGCUAAACACGGCAACAACAAGACCAGAAUAGACGAUCUGAAGAUCUGAGAGGGGGGUUAGGUUGCUAUGACGAUGUCUUAGGUUCACCUCCGAGGGUCUUAUGUUGCUUGAAAGGCAUUCUUAGGGGUCUGUCCCAAAUGGCACCCGAUUCACUAUAUAGUGCACUACUUUUGACCGAGGCCUGUGACAGUCCAGAGCUCCGGUCCAAAGUAGAUCACUAUAUAGGGAAUAGGGUGCCAUUUGGGACACAGGUGUGUCCAACAGAGCUAAGGCCAUCCUGCCCUCACCCCCCCCCCGGUGGCCUGGUGGAUGGCAGAGCUUUGACUCACUGGGGGGGAAUGACACUUGUAGGACACACAAAUAAACUUUGAGCGUUACGGUUGUAAAACACGAUCUACGAAGGGACCAUUGGGUUUCAUAUUAUAUGACGAACCGCGACGUCUCAAAUCUCUUUUAGAAAACCUUCUGGUUCUGGUCUCUACGUGGGAAAGAAGGUUCUGGUCUCUACGUGGGAAAGAAGGUUCUGGUCUCUACGUGGGAAAGAAGGUUCUGGUCUCUACGUGGGAAAGAAGGUUCUGGUCUCUACGUGGGAAAGAAGGUUCUGGUCUCUACGUGGGAAAGAAGGUUCUGGUCUCUACGUGGGAAAGAAGGUUCUGGUCUCUACGUGGGAAAGAAGGUUCUGGUCUCUACGUGGGAAAGAAGGUUCUGGUCUCUACGUGGGAAAGAAGGUUCUGGUCUCUACGUGGGAAAGAAGGUUCUGGUCUCUACGUGGGAAAGAAGGUUCUGGUCUCUACGUGGGAAAGAAGGUUCUGGUCUCUACGUGGGAAAGAAGGUUCUGGUCUCUACGUGGGAAAGAAGGUUCUGGUCUCUACGUGGGAAAGAAGGUUCUGGUCUCUACGUGGGAAAGAAGGUUCUGGUCUCUACGUGGGAAAGAAGGUUCUGGUCUCUACGUGGGAAAGAAGGAUCUGGUCUCUACGUGGGAAAGAAGGUUCUGGUCUCUACGUGGGAAAGAAGGUUCUGGUCUCUACGUGGGAAAGAAGGUUCUGGUCUCUACGUGGGAAAGAAGGUUCUGGUCUCUACGUGGGAAAGAAGGUUCUGGUCUCUACGUGGGAAAGAAGGUUCUGGUCUCUACGUGGGAAAGAAGGUUCUGGUCUCUACGUGGGAAAGAAGGUUCUGGUCUCUACGUGGGAAAGAAGGUUCUGGUCUCUACGUGGGAAAGAAGGUUCUGGUCUCUACGUGGGAAAGAAGGUUCUGGUCUCUACGUGGGAAAGAAGGUUCUGGUCUCUACGUGGGAAAGAAGGUUCUGGUCUCUACGUGGGAAAGAAGGUUCUGGUCUCUACGUGGGAAAGAAGGUUCUGGUCUCUACGUGGGAAAGAAGGUUCUGGUCUCUACGUGGGAAAGAAGGUUCUGGUCUCUACGUGGGAAAGAAGGUUCUGGUCUCUACGUGGGAAAGAAGGUUCUGGUCUCUACGUGGGAAAGAAGGUUCUGGUCUCUACGUGGGAAAGAAGGUUCUGGUCUCUACGUGGGAAAGAAGGUUCUGGUCUCUACGUGGGAAAGAAGGUUCUGGUCUCUACGUGGGAAAGAAGAUUCUGGUCUCUACGUGGGAAAGAAGGUUCUGGUCUCUACGUGGGAAAGAAGGUUCUGGUCUCUACGUGGGAAAGAAGGUUCUGGUCUCUACGUGGGAAAGAAGGUUCUGGUCUCUACGUGGGAAAGAAGGUUCUGGUCUCUACGUGGGAAAGAAGGUUCUGGUCUCUACGUGGGAAAGAAGGUUCUGGUCUCUACGUGGGAAAAAAGGUUCUGGUCUCUACGUGGGAAAGAAGGUUCUGGUCUCUACGUGGGAAAGAAGGUUCUGGUCUCUACGUGGGAAAGAAGGUUCUGGUCUCUACGUGGGAAAGAAGGUUCUGGUCUCUACGUGGGAAAGAAGGUUCUGGUCUCUACGUGGGAAAGAAGGUUCUGGUCUCUACGUGGGAAAGAAGGUUCUGGUCUCUACGUGGGAAAGAAGGUUCUGGUCUCUACGUGGGAAAGAAGGAUCACGUCCAUUAAAUACAACAACUAUUAUAUUGGAAAUGUUUGUGCAUUUCAGACUCUGAAGAAUAAGAGGAUAUAUUUGACAUGUAGUUAUCGAACGUUGUGUGUUGUGUUGUAGUAAUGAUUCUAUAUUGGGGGGGGGGAAAGGAUGUUGUUUAA